AUGGCCGCCGCCGCGGCAGCCCCCGGCGGCGGCAGGGCGCGCGCUCUCAGCGCCCAGGAGCUGCAGUCCAAGGUCCUGGACUACGAGUCAUUCGUGGAAGAUGUGCUGAAGAAGAAGCUCGCGGCCAUAGGGAGGCGCCGCGCGGCACUAGAGGCAGAAAGGGAGGAGCUGGCCGAGCUGCGGCGCGGCGUCCUCGCGCUGCAGGCGGUGCGCGGCCGCCUGGGGACCCGCGCAGGCCGCGAGGGCCGCCGCGAGCUCAAGUCCCUGGUCGACCUGGGGUCGGGCGUGUUCUGCCAGGCGCGCGUCCCGGACGCGUCGCGGCUGUUUGUGGCCGUCGGCCUGGGCUUCCACGUGGAGUGCACCCUGGAGGAAGCUGCCCAGCUGGCGGAGCGGCGCCGGGAGGCCCUGCAGGCGCGUUUUGCAUGCGUGUGCCCGCACGCCAAGGUUGACGAGUGCAUUGAUGACGCGGCGCAGGUUCGCGCCCACAUUCGCUUCGUGGCGCAGGCCAUCGGGGAGCUGCAGCAGCUGGGCAGGUGA